AUGGCGGAGCUAAAAAAAUUGUGUCAGAAGCGAACGACAAUUAAGGGUCAAAUGACCAGAAUUAAUAACACGAUAAGCGAAGUAACCUCAGCGUCGGAAGCCAAGAUCAAAGCAAAAAAGAUCGAGGAGCUAUGGAAGAUGUUUGAAGAGGCCGAUGGAGAGGAAGAAGUCAACGUUGAGCUUCAACAAGAAUCAGAAAGGGAACGAGAAGUCUUCGAAAACGUGUAUUUCGAAGCAGCGACGAAAUCGCAGACAAUCAUCGAUAUGGAGAAGGCACAAAAACAGGCUGUGGCACAAGUGCAGAUAGCAGCGGCGCAGGGUGGUGAGCAGCCCAGAGAUAGAGGACGAUUCGAUGUAAAACUUCCGACUUUAAAUUUGCCGGAGUUUAAAGGAGACUACAACGAGUGGCUUCUUUUCAAGGACGCGUAUGUAUCAAUGAUUCACGCAAAUGCUAAUAUAACGGCAAUACAGAAGUUUCAAUAUCUGCGAAAUUCGCUUAAAGGAGAAGCUUUGCAGGUAAUCAGUGGAUUGAAAACUUCAGCAGAAAAUUACGAGAGCGCUUGGGAGCUAUUAGAAAGGAAUUACGAAAACACCAAGUUGCUCAUAAAUACUCAUCUCAACAGUUUGCUUGAAUUUCCAGCUGUGGCGAAGGAUAAGCCUGCGACAAUUAGACAGCUCAUCGUACACAUACGUACGCAUCUCAAAGCAUUGAAAACGUUGAAGAUUUCCGUGGAGCAUUGGGAUGAGCUUUUAAUACACAUGACGAAAGGCAAAUUAAACUACGCAACUCAAAAGGAUUGGGAAGAAGAAUGCAAUCGUGACAGGCAGAGACGAAAAACGUUGGAAGAAUAUUUAACGUUUUUAAACGAACAUUGUUGCACCUUGGAAAUGAUCAACAAAGGAAAGGCUAAGAGCGAAGCGGUCAAGCCUUUGGUAUUAAAGAAACAAGGAAAUUCGGUAUCCUUCUCGGCAUCUGUUUUUCAGCAGAGCUGUCUGAGUUGCAGCGAAAAUCAUGCGGUUUACAAAUGUCCACAGUUUCUACAGAUGUCAGUCUCCAGCCGAAUAGAAGAAUCAAGAUCGAAGAAGGCCUGCCUAAAUUGUUUAGAAAAGGGUCACUUUGCUGAAGACAAACCGGCGGAACAGAAGUCCAGCGAGGAGUCAUCUAAGAAAGCGGUCGUUGCACACUGCGUAAAGUCAGAAGAACGCGCCAACGAAAUGACGGAGGCAUCAGUGGUCAACUUCAUGCGAAAGCAAAAUACGCAAAUCGUGUUGUCAACAGUUCGAGUAAACAUUGAAGACGCAAAUGGAAAACAACACAGUUGUCAUGUUCUCUUGGAUCCCGGAUCUCAGUCAAAUCUUAUCACAGAGGAACUCGUAAGUAAGCUCAAGCUGAAGUGCAGAAAACGAAAUGAGCUUAUCAGCGGCGUGAAUCAAAUUCAAACAACGGUCGGACGAACAGUUACGGUCAAAAUCAAAUCUAUGCAUACAGAUUACGGAAGGAUGAUCGAAUGCCUAGUAUUGCCACAUAUAACGGAGAAGUUACCGCAAGUAAGAAUAAAUACGAAAUUCAUAGUCCUGCCGGAAGAAGUGAAACUCGCGGAUCCCAGCUUCCAUGAACCAGGGACGAUAGAUUUUCUUAUCGGAGCCGGAGUGUUCUGGGAACUUUUGUGCGCGGAUUCUAUGAAGCAGGCGAAAGGACUGCCAAAAUUGCAAAGCACUCUUCUGGGUUGGAUCGUCGGAGGAGAGUUGAUUGAUACGGCUGAGAGAAGCUCUCCGCGAUUCUGCGGACUAGUAACGAACAAAACAUUGCAGAUGCAGCUAGAAUGUUUCUGGACUCAGGAGGAGAUUCGUGAGACGCGUCAUUGGACAAAGGAAGAAGCAGAGUGUGAGCGGCAUUUCUGCGAGACAUUCAAACGAGACACCGACGGAAGAUUCAUCGUAGCAUUACCACAUAAGCAGGAAGUGAUACUGGGAGAAUCGGAGACUCAAGCGAAGAGAAGAUUUUUUGCACUUGAAAGACGUCUCAAAGUCAAUCCGGAGAUCAAAUCACAAUAUGUCGAAUUCAUGAAGGAUUACGAGCAGCAAGGACACAUGUCACUUGUACCAAGUGACGCUCAAUCAAAACCGAAAGAAACAUACGUGUUGCCGCAUCAUCCGGUGAUUCGUCCUGAAAGCAUCACAACAAAGUUACGUGUCGUGUUCGACGCAUCAGCGGAGACGUCACUCGGCACAUCGCUAAACGAUCGACUAAUGGUUGGUUCUAAUCUACAGGAGGACCUUUUUAGUAUCCUCAUGCGAUUCAGGACACAUGAGUUUGCCAUGACUGCUGAUAUAGCAGCCAUGUAUCACCAGAUCCUAGUACAAGAGGAAGACAGUGAUUUUCAAAGAAUAUUCUGA